AAGGCCUAGCACCAUUGGGCCUAUCACAAGAAGAUGGACAUUAAUAAGGUUGGAAGGUGCCUAGGAAAGUUGCCUAGCAAAGAGGCCAAAAAGAAAGUAUUGUGCAACCAACCGUGUAGCACCUUUGAAAGAGUAAAUUCAACAUUUUCCAUGUCCAUUAUGCAGCCACCAAGAUUGUCCAUGUGAAACAUGCAACCAGCCACAUUUUACAUGUUUCUCACGUGGAACACAAGCCAAACCAUCAAGCUUCUUCACAUGAGCACAUUUUCCAUGUGCAACACACGGCCAACAACAUUCUGCACAUUUUCAUUUAGCUUAUGCACAUUGUAAAUAUGCAGAAUACAUUCCACAUUCUCAAGCUUCUCUUCCUAUAAAAGAGAGCUUAAUUCAUUGUAAAAGUUAACUUGAAUUGAUAUAGUGAAAUGCUGUUGGAUUGUUUCCAGCCACUACUUCUUCAAGUUCUUUGCAUUGUGCCACUUUAGCACACUUAUCCUCUAGCUUCCUUCCCUCUUGGAAGGCCGUCUGAGCUAGAACCUCUGCCUACACACUCCAAAACCGCACCAGACAAUUCAUCAAACACCUUCCGUGCGCCUUCAAUUACAUCUGCGUUUUUCCAUUUCCGCUGCCACCUCUGGUCUGAGAAGCUGCUCAUUCUUGAAGAGUGAAGCUGCUUCCAUCAUUUGGCAUCAAGAGCCAGCUGGUUUUACCUCAGAUUCCUUGCUCCAAGGGGGUAGCAUCUUAGGAAGUGGAUGAGGUGUUAAAAAGGCCACAAGCUUGGACUUCAAGUGCACUUCUUUCUUGCUGUUCCAGCACCAAUUUCAACAGCAGUUUCAGCAACCAUACCACCUUUUUGCUCAUGAUUUUGGACCAGCACUUUGUGAAACAGCAGCCACACUUGGCUUUGCUACUUUUGUAAACAUUUUAUUUGUAAUUUUGGCUUGGUAUCACGGAACCUUUGUAGUGUCAUUCAAUUUUAUUUCUCAUUUGCAACUUAAAGUGACUUGGAAAAAUGCUUUUCAAGCAAUUCCAAGAGCACCAUUGAACAUUGUAAUAGUUUAGUUUCCACUUCUUAGUGUGAAAGUGUGUCAAGUGGCUCCAAGUGUCAUUUGCACUUUCACUUAGGGCCGUGUCUCAUUCAUUUUCAUUUUCUUUACUUUACUUUGCUUAUUGAUUUUUAUGUUUUAAGUCUCCGUGGUACUUAGGAGCGCGUUUCAUAUAGAUAAACCUUCAUUUGGUUUCUAGGUGCAUUUCAUCUUGCAUUUAAAACGCUUUUGAAAGAUUUCUACCUAGAAACUAAGGUAAGAAACAACCAAAGACACUCUGGCUAGGAAGGACAAGGUUCUUAAGCUUGUCCAUUGAGACUCACCUCUCCUUCCUGGGAGCUAUUUGGUUAAUUUUACCUCUAGAACCUUUCUAGAAAUCCUUCACAAAAAUUUAAAGAGUUUUGAUGUCUUGUUAUGAGUCCUAUAGGUCUUCUAGGAAUUUUAAUUUUGAUAAGCAACUUAGUUACAAAGGCAUCAAAAGAGAACAUGAUAAAGCUAGAAGGAAGUCUUGUUCAUCUUAUGAAUUUGAUAGGAUUGAAGAUGAUUUGUAUAAACAAGCUAGUGAAAGUAUUCCAUUCUUUGGUGAUGAUAUUGGUGCAUUAACAUACCUAGCUUGGGAAAAGGAAAUUGAUGGCAUGCAUUCAUUCAUGGUGAGAAAAAGUAAAUCUGAAUCCUUCUAUUCUAGAGAUAGUGAAUCUUAUAUUCUUAGUCUUUACACUUCUAGUUUUAAAAAGCAUGCAAGAGAGUGGUGGGAUGAUAGGCAAUAUCAUGUUAAGAUAGGUAGAAAAUAUCCCAUUUAUGAUUGGAAUGAAUUGAAAGCUUGUAUGAGAAGAAAGUUUGUGCCUCGAGAAAUUGAAAGAAACUUAGAACUUAUGAGAGGACUUAUUAGAAAAGGUGAGUCAUUCAUUCAAAAUUUAAGUGGGUUCUCUCGUAGGGAAAGUGAGUUUCUAGAAAAACUUAGGAGGCUAUGGGAAGAGAGAAGCAAAUAUAGAAUUGAUAGAUUAAAAAGAGAAAAACAAAAGCAAGAAGUAAGAGAGCAAAGAGAAAAAGAGAGAAAAGAAGAGGGAGAACAAAAGAGAAGAAAAGAGGAAGAAAGAGAAAGAAGAGAAGAAGAGGAAAGAAGAGAGAAAGAGAGAAAAGAAGCACAAAGAAGAGAAAAGGAAGAAGUUGAAAGAAUAGAAAUGGAAGAAAAGAAAAGGCAACUAAAGGCAACAUCUCCUCCUACACUAGAAGCUAGAUUCUUAAGGGGAGGUUUUCUAUUCUCUCACUUUUCUCCAUUUAUAUUUGAAUUUUCCAAAAUUCACUUUUCUUUCAAAGAAUUGGCCACUCCAUCUUUAAAAAUGUUAUCACUUUCAACACAUGCAAAGUUCCAACUUGGGUUAUGGUUACCUUUAUGGUUACCAAUAACUCAAGAUACAAAUAAAAUUUCAAAUGAAGAAAGGUUUCUUUGUUAUAUUAAAAUUAAAAAUUUCAAAAUUUGGAAACCUUCUUCUACACAUAUUCUUUUAUAUAUCUUAUUGGGUCAAAGAAAACUAAUUAAAGAUAUGUUUGAUGCUUAUUGCAGAUGGAUAUUUGACCCAGGAGGAACCCUUAUGAAGCUAACAAAAAUAAGUCUUCAAAAGCACCAUCAGAUUUGAGGACAAAUCCUUUCCAAGGGGGAGGGGAUGAUACAAGAAGGCCUAGCACCAUUGGGCCUAUCACAAGAAGAUGGACAUUAAUAAGGUUGGAAGGUGCCUAGGAAAGUUGCCUAGCAAAGAGGCCAAAAAGAAAGUAUUGUGCAACCAACCGUGUAGCACCUUUGAAAGAGUAAAUUCAACAUUUUCCAUGUCCAUUAUGCAGCCACCAAGAUUGUCCAUGUGAAACAUGCAACCAGCCACAUUUUACAUGUUUCUCACGUGGAACACAAGCCAAACCAUCAAGCUUCUUCACAUGAGCACAUUUUCCAUGUGCAACACACGGCCAACAACAUUCUGCACAUUUUCAUUUAGCUUAUGCACAUUGUAAAUAUGCAGAAUACAUUCCACAUUCUCAAGCUUCUCUUCCUAUAAAAGAGAGCUUAAUUCAUUGUAAAAGUUAACUUGAAUUGAUAUAGUGAAAUGCUGUUGGAUUGUUUCCAGCCACUACUUCUUCAAGUUCUUUGCAUUGUGCCACUUUAGCACACUUAUCCUCUAGCUUCCUUCCCUCUUGGAAGGCCGUCUGAGCUAGAACCUCUGCCUACACACUCCAAAACCGCACCAGACAAUUCAUCAAACACCUUCCGUGCGCCUUCAAUUACAUCUGCGUUUUUCCAUUUCCGCUGCCACCUCUGGUCUGAGAAGCUGCU